AUGGCGAAAGACGCGGGCAAGCGAACCGCGACGAGCUACGACGCGGAUGAAAAGAUAUCGUUCGAGACGUCGGAAGGGAUCGAACCGCGCGCGACGUUCGACGCGAUGGGAAUUCGUGAGGAUUUGCUGCGCGGGCUGUACUCGUACGGGUUCGAAAAGCCGAGCGCGAUUCAACAGCGAGCGGUGGUGCCGAUAAUAUCCGGACGGGACGUGAUCGCGCAGGCGCAGAGCGGGACGGGGAAGACGUCGAUGAUAUCGCUGGCGCUGUGUCAGAUGUUGGACACGACAUCGAGGGAGGUGCAGGGAUUGGUGCUGUCGCCGACGCGAGAGUUGGCGGUGCAGACGGAGAAGACGGCGCUGUCGCUGGGGAAUUUUAUGAACGUGCAAGUGCACGCGUGCAUCGGGGGACGGUCGAUCGGGGAUGACAUUCGUAAAUUAGAUUACGGCUGUCACAUCGUCAGUGGGACGCCGGGACGGGUGUUCGAUAUGAUAAAGCGGCGGAAUUUACGCACGCGCGGGAUUAAGAUUUUGGUCCUCGACGAGGCGGAUGAAAUGUUGAAUAAAGGGUUCAAGGAACAGAUUUACGAUGUGUAUAGAUACUUGCCGCCGGAAACGCAGGUGGUGUUGGUGAGCGCCACGCUGCCGAACGAAGUGUUGGAGAUGACGAGCAAGUUUAUGACGGAUCCGAUGCGCAUCUUGGUCAAGCGCGACGAAUUAACGCUUGAAGGUAUUAAGCAGUUCUUCGUCGCCGUCGAACGCGAGGAAUGGAAGUUCGACACGCUUUGCGAUUUGUACGACACGCUGACGAUCACGCAAGCGGUGAUCUUUUGCAACACGAAGAAGAAGGUGGAUUGGCUCACGGAGAAAAUGCGACAGAACAACUUCACAGUCUCCGCCAUGCACGGCGACAUGCCUCAAAAGGAGCGCGAGGAAAUCAUGAACGAGUUCCGAGGCGGUACGACGCGCGUAUUGAUCACAACCGACGUCUGGGCGCGCGGUAUCGACGUUCAACAAGUGUCUUUAGUCAUCAACUAUGAUCUUCCGGGCAACCGUGAAAACUACAUCCAUCGCAUCGGUCGCUCGGGGCGAUACGGACGCAAGGGCGUCGCUAUCAACUUCGUCAAGGCAGACGACGUGCGUGCGCUCAGAGAUAUCGAACAGUACUAUUCCACGCAAAUCGACGAAAUGCCCAUGAACGUGGCCGACUUGAUUUAGAAGAAACCCACGUGUAACGAGAAUCGUCCAAACCGCGC